GUGCUAACAAUUUUUCUGUGGCACCACGCGCCGCAGGUCUUGUUGCUUCUUUCUAGAUAGAAGCCGGCGGACCUACCAAACGACUGGUCGUGGUUUAGCAAGCCUUGAAAUAAUCAAAGUCUCGGUUGUCCUUGUCAAUGGAAGAAUCGGUGAUGUCCUUUAUCUAUUCUGUACCUCUUCAUACUCCCCUAUGUUCUUCUUGCCCCUUUGUGAUAUUAAUCAACACGCAUUUCCUUCUUAUGAUUUUGAUAUACUUGUUACCAAUACAUUGAUAACGAUGGACAACUUACUGUAAUUGUAAUGUAGUUACAAUUUGACAACGAAGAGGAAAAUAAAGAGGUAAAAAGACAGUAAACGACGGUAGGCUUUCGAUGAUGAAUAUAGAGCAUCAAUACGACUAUGACGAAAUGUGCUCGUGUGCGGUGCUGUACGACGAAGAACUGCGGAGGCUAUAGCCAUAGGUGGAAGAUCGUGCUGUGCAGUGGACGAGGCAGCUCAGUGCCGUGAACGAGGUCAUAACCAUGGAGUCGCCACCCAUUGCACCUGAGAAGGGCGGGCCGCUGAUUGCACCUGAUAAAGGUGCGGCGCCGAUGAUACCUCAACCGAUGAUACGUGAGAAAGGUGUGGUGCCGAUGAUACCUUCGAGCGAUGGGCGACAGCCUAGCAGUGGCGGGCCUGAGAAUGGCGCUGCGCCGCAGCCGCCGCUGCCUACGCCUCAGCCGGAAGCUCCACAGAAAGGAAAGCAGCAGUGGGCGAAGCAACAGCCUCAAGUAACCGUGCUGAAGGGGCCAUCGUCGAUGCAGCGGAAUUCACAAGUGCAGCAAGGGGCGUCGAAGUACGCGGCCCAAGAUAAACAAUCGACUUAUAUGUCAGGCUACGGCGCGGGCGCUGGACGCGCGUCUACCAAAAAGGGAGGCUACGGCGGUGGACCCCCAUCUCAGCUCAAG